UAUAUUUUGUUCCCUGGGUGAAAAUAACUGUACCUUGGUUCAUACUUGGGUGUCAUUGUGAUGGAGAAGCUGCGGAACCAUUUCAGCAGGAUUCACCUUGCCCAGGGCGGGGAUAAAGUGUAUAAGGAUGAAUGUAUGUUCUGCUUUGACACGCCGGAGAGUGAGACGGGGUUGUAUGUUUGUUUGAACACUUUUCUUGGGUGGAGCAAAGAACAUGUUGGACAUUAUUCAAACCAGACGGGGAACCGUGUCUUCUUGCAUCUCAGACGGCAUAAAAAGGAGCUUCCACCUGAGAAGGAAAUGGAGCCAGAGAAAAAGAUUGCCCGGCUAGCAAUUGGUGUAGAAGGUGGCUUCAACCCUGAUGCUAACAAGAAGAGGUAUGAAUAUGAGGAACAGAACUCACUGGUGAUCCUUCCCGAGUUUGAUAUCAUAUCGCUACCCAGUGCAGACCUACCAGAAAUUGUUCAGCAGAGUGUAGUAAGUAUUUUGAAAGCAGAGUCUGCUCUUCACUUGGCUGAAGUUGAGGCAGCAUCUGGUGCCUGGGAUGGGGAAGUGCGGCAGAUCACUAAGCAUGCAGAUUCUUUGAAGCAGCUUGAUAAUGGAGUCAAGGUUCCACCCAGUGGCUGGAAGUGUGAAGAGUGUGACAAAACUGAUAACCUUUGGCUAAAUCUCACUGACGGAAAAAUUCUCUGUGGGAGAAGACAGCUGGAUGGCUCUGGUGGUAAUAACCAUGCUCUUGAGCACUAUGAAAAGACAAAGUACCCACUUUCUGUAAAGCUUGGCACAAUCACACAAGAUGGAAAUGCUGAUGUGUACAGUUAUGAUGAAGAUGACAUGGUUUUAGACCCAGAUCUUGUGAAGCAUUUGGCUCAUUUCGGCAUUAAUGUAAAAGUGAUGGAGAAAACAGAGAAGACUAUGCUCGAAUUAGAGAUUGAUUAUAAUCAGCGUGCGUGGGAGUGGUCUCGACUAACUGAAUCAGGAGCAAAGCUUGUGCCAAAGUUUGGACCAGGUUUAACAGGCCUGAAAAACCUUGGAAACUCAUGCUAUGUCAACUCUGUAAUGCAAGUGCUAUUCACCGUUCCGAGUUUUGUGGAGAGAUUCUACAAUCAUGGAGAGACUAUCAGAGGGGGUUACAAAGGCACUAACCCUGCAGAAGACUUCAAUGUCCAAAUGAGUAAACUUGCUCAUGGCCUUCUGUCAGGAAAGUACUCAGUAGCUCCAAAUUCAGUUGAUGAGAAUAAAGAUGCAGAUGACUUACAGCCUGGCAUAUCUCCAGUUAUGUUUCGUACACUAGUGGGAAAGGGUCAUGCUGAGUUUUCAACUAAGAAACAGCAAGAUGCUAUGGAGUUUCUGGAACAUGUACUGAAGAUGACAGCUUGCAAUUCUGCUGGUGCAUCUGAUCCUGGAAGCUGUUUUAAAUUUGAAGUAGAGGACAAGUUUAUCUGCAGUGCAAGUGGAAAAGUUCGUUAUGUAACACGUCCAGACCAGUAUCUGCCCCUACCAGUACCUGUUGAAGAAGCAAUCAAUAAAGAAGAAGUUGCUGCUUAUCAAGCAUUAAAAGCAGAGGCUCGAGUUUCACAGAAAGUCGUACAGCCUGACGAACAAGUGCGCACAAAAAUACCAUUUGAUGUAUGUUUGUCAAAGUUAGCAUCACCUGAGCAAAUAGUUGCAUUUAGUUCAGCUGCAGAAAAGGAAGUCAGCAUGCAGAAAAUCACUCGCCUUCGCACUUUUCCAGAUUACUUAGUCAUUCAGCUGGUAAAAUUUGGUAUUGGUCAAGAUUGGGUACCGAUGAAAUAUGAUGUAUCAAUUGAUUUGCCAGAGAUUUUGGAUCUGUCUGUAUUAAGAGGUUAUGGUCUUCAGGCAGGGGAGGAAGAAUUACCAGAAUCAGCUACUACUAAACCCAAGGAACCUGAAAUAGAUGCUGGAAUUGUGCAGCAGUUGGCAGAAAUGGGCUUUCCUUGGGAAGCUUGUAGAAAGGCUGUUCACCUUACUGGCAACAGUGGCUCUGAAGCUGCAAUGAACUGGGUAAUGGAACAUAUGGGUGACCCUGAUUUUGCUGAACCACUUGUCAUUCAAAACGAGUCUUCUAGUAAUGAUAAUUUCACACCAAAUGAAGAAGGGCUAGCAAUGUUAAUGUCAAUGGGUUUCACGCGGGAACAGGCAGCACUUGCUCUAAAGGAAACAAGCAACAGCUUGGAGCGUGCUGCUGACUGGAUAUUUUCUCAUCAACAUGAAUUGGACACACUGCUGGCAGCUCAGAGUGGGGCAGCUGCAGUUCCUCCUCCGCAGAAGCCCACUUACACAAAUGGUUCUCCAAAGUAUGAGCUAAGUGCUUUUCUAAGCCAUAUGGGAACAUCAAUAUUUGUGGGCCACUAUGUCUGCCAUAUAAAGAAGGAUGGAGAAUGGAUAAUCUUUAACGACAACAAGGUGUCAAAAUCCGUGGACCCUCCUCUGGACCUUGGUUACAUAUAUCUCUACAAGAGAGCAUCCACAUAGUCCUAUUUGCAGGACAGAUGUUGGGUGCCCAGGAAAUAUGUGUUCAUUUCCAUUUCUUAAUAAAACUAGAAGAAAGUCCUUUGACUCAAAAAAAGGCUUCUUGAGUAAAGGUAUUGUGCUUGGAUUGAAAAAUGAAAACCUUAUUUGGUUAUAGAAGUUUGUCUCCAAAGUGAAAAGGCAGACAACAUAACAGUGCAAAUAUUGCAUAAGAACUGUGAUUUAGGCUAAUGAAUGUGACUAAAAAUGUAUGAAGCGUAGUUACACUUCAGUAAUGUGAAAGUGAAACAAAUCAUCAGUACCUUGAUACUGUGGUUUUUUUGUUUUCUGGCUAUAAAUCUUUUCAAUCUAGUAUGGAAUAGUUUACAACUGCUUUGAAAAAUAACACCACACAAAAAAGUAAGACUUGGAAUCCUCAUUAAACAUAAAAUGUGUUUUAACUGUUUAUUCAGAUAAUAUAUGCAAAUUUUUAUAUGGAUAUAGUGCACACUUUGUGUACACGAUUACCCAGAAAGAGGCCUUACAUUUGACAUCCUGAUAUGCAGUGUAAUAAAAUGAAACAUUUUUGUCAGGUUUCACAAGGACAACUACAUAAAUGGGUUUUAGUUCAGCUAGGUACUGUUGUGUGCUUUUUUUUUUUUUUUUUGCACUAUGACCACUUUACCAUACAGCAAUUUUUAUAGUUAUUUUAAUGUCAAAAAGUUACUAUUAAACCCCCUAAAACAUUAGUUUGAGUAUUUCUUUGCUUUAUUUGUAGAUUUAAAUUGAAUAAAACUGUUACACAAAUUCAGUGUGCACCAAAAACUUGCUGCAAUUAUUUUCUGGCUAAAGUCAUUGUACUAAAAUUUUAAAAAAUCAUAUUGAUAGCUCUUAAAGAUUAGUGUCUAACUAUCAUUCAAAACCUACACUACAUUGUACCACUGCAUAUGAGAAAACAUUUUGAUAUAUUGUAUUUAUAAAUAUUGAGUUCAGUGCUCAGAUAUGGAAAUAGUUGAUGUCUUUGUAUGUCUCAUCUGUAAAUACACCAUUGAAACUUAGCUGUCCAUCACUACUCAUGUGGGAUAACUGAAGGAGUGUAAAGUCAAAUUAUCAGUAACAGUUUAAAUAUUCCAUAAAGAA